UAGAAACCGGAUAGAAACCUGAUAGAAUCUGGGGUAAAUGUCGGUGUGUUUGUGCGGACUCACGGUCCCGACAGGCUGGGUGGGAUUAUAGAACCACUAACAGGUCCCUGAACACUUCCAGCGGCUUUUUUCUCUCAACAUGUCCGACUCUUCAGGGACACAAAUGGGUGAGAAGGAGGAAAAGAGUCCCGAUGGAGUCAAAUAUUACAGACUAUUAGAGAUCGAGGAGCAGAACACGUUCAAAUCAACGUGGAUCAUCAUCCACAACAAAGUCUACGAUGUCACCAAGUUCCUAGAAGAGCACCCCGGAGGAGAGGAGGUGCUGAGGGAGCAGGCGGGAGGAGACGCCACCGAGAGCUUCGAGGACGUCGGACACUCCACCGACGCCAGAGAGAUGUCCGACAGCAUGGUGAUCGGAGAGCUGCACCCGGAGGACAGGGACAAGAUCACCAGACCUGAGGAAACACUGGUGACCACUCUGAAGGACGAGCCCAGUUGGUGGACUAACUGGUUAAUUCCCGUUCUGGUGGCGGCCAUCGUCACGCUGAUGUACCGCAUCUACACCGGAUAGAGCGAGUGACAUCAUCAGACACGCAGCCGUGAUGUCAUCAGCCGUGAUGUCGUCAGCCGUGAUGUCAUCAGCCGUGAUGUCAUCAGCCGAUGGCAGCGUAGAGCGACUGACCGACGACCGUCUGAUCAUCUGAUCUGGGAUCACUGACUCUACGCUGCACUACAAUACCCAAGAUGCAUUUAAUGCUUUUUAACCGACCAAUGAGGUGGUUUUAUGCUAAUGAAGUUGUUUACGCCGUUGACAUGUUUUGUGAAAUCUCUCUGAUUUGAAAUCUGGAUGUAUAAUUUGUUAAAUCUUUUUAUAUAUUUGUAUCUGAAUGUAAAUGAGUUUAUAAAUAUUCAAUCAGCAGUUAUCAUGAUGUCAUCAUCAUGAUGUCAUCAUCCCACUGCAGUCAUGUGACUGUGCUCACGUCCUUUAUGCAUAUCAUAUCACUGAUUAUAUCUUGAAGAAAAUGUGUGAAGAUUUUAACGACCUGGAUCGUGAAUGUAUCGGUGCCGUUUGGAUUCAUAUAACUAAUAUAAAAUAUAAAUAUUAAAGAACUCUUUGUUUAAAGCUU